AUGUGUGACACAGGAGUCUGGUCCACUCAGCCUUCGCCCCCCCCACCGACCCCUCCUCCUUGCAGAUCAUGGACCCAGACCCCAGAGCGGAAACCUCCCUCCACCCCACCGCAUGACAGCCUCCUCUAUCUCCCAGCAGGCUCCAGCGUCUUCUCCCACCUCCUCAUGCCUGCAUCCUCUUCCCAGCAGGCUAAAGGGUGGCUUUCUCGAGGAGGGGAAGGGGGGGAGAGCCACCUGUUCCAGACGGGAGUAGUACGUUCACCGAAGGAGAACCAGGGAGAAGACCACCAGGACAGACGGGAGGGGCCCCACCGCUCGGCCUACAGCAGCUCCUCAGGCCACCAAAGAUGA